GUCAGUGCAUUGCGAGUUUUUUUCACCUCUAGCUAAAUGCCCAGACUUGUAGUGGCCCCGCUUUGUCAGCUGGGUAGGUGGACAUCAGGAGAGACAGAGCCGUAUCCAUGCACUAAUUAGUUGUAAAAUGAUCAUCUUUAUGAAAGAAAUGGAUUACCCUCUCAGAAACCAAUGUCAGCGCGUCCAGAACCAGGUGACGAAGGUGAACGCUGAGAAGGAGCGGGUGUCACUGCGGUGCAUGAAGGCUCUGGCCAGGAGGGGGGGUGUGGACGCCGUGUCCCAGCAGAUGGCCUCUCACCCCCAGUACCUGGAGAGCUUCCUCCGCACCCAGCAUUACAUCCUCCACAUGGACGGCCCCCUGCCCCUGCAGUACCGCCACUACAUCGCCAUUAUGGCUGCAGCGCAGCAUCACUGUGGCUACCUGGUGUCUCUGCACUCGGCCCAGUUUCUCAGGGUGGGGGGGGACCCGCUGUGGCUACAGGGGCUGGAGGCCGUCCCGCCUCGCCUGCAACACCUUGACCAACUCAACAAGGUUCUGGCCCACCAACCCUGGCUCACCGCCCGCUCACACAUACAGGCAUUGCUGAAGACGGGGGAGCAGUGCUGGUCUCUGGCUGAGCUGGUUCAGGCUGUGGUGCUGCUGGCCCACUGCCACUCCCUCUCUAGCUUUGUGUUUGGCUCUGGCACCGACGCCGACCCCGUCCCCCUCCACAUAGCCCCCAACGGCACCCCCCCGGGCUACUGCCUCUGUGACGCUGCCAACGGCAAUGUCAGCGCGCCUCCGCCUCUCACCACACCCUCAGAGCACACCACACGACGACGGUCUCUGGACUCCAGUUGUGAGAUGGUGUGUCUGAAAGAGAGGAUCCAGAAAUCCCAGGAGGAGAAAGAGAGGAGGGGGGAGUGUGUCCUACACACCCAGACACUUCAGCACACAGAUGUGGAAGAUGAGGAGGAGAUGAUCUACUCAGCAGACCCCUCUCGUUUCAUAACAGACCCCGAGUUCGGCUACCAGGAGUUUGCCCGCAGGGAGGAAGACCACUUCCAAGUAUUCCGGGUGCAGGACUACUCCUGGGAGGACCACGGCUUCUCCCUGGUCAACCGGCUGUACUCGGACAUCGGGCACCUGCUGGACGACCGUUUCCGCAGCGUCACGGCGCUCCCCUCAUCCCACGGGCCUGACCUGAAGAGAGCCAUCUGGAACUACAUCCACUGCAUGUUGGGAAUUAGGUACGAUGAUUAUGACUACGGGGAGGUAAACCAGUUGCUGGAGAGGGAGAUGAAGCUUUAUAUCAAGUCUGUGGCCUGCUACCCUGACGCCACCAAGACCCCGCUGUGUCCCCUGCCCUGGGCACCACUCAAACCUUCCGAGAGGAUCCAUGUGAACUUGCUUAUAAUGGAGGCUAGGUUACAGGCUGAGCUUCUGUAUGCUCUGAGAGCCAUCACCCAGUACAUGAUAGCUUAGGUUGGGAGGGAGGCACAAAGUUCAUCACCAACGGUACAGAAAGACCAAGCUAGAAGGCCGCAGGGUGGGAACCCCCUUACAGCAGGCAGGGAUAUGGGGAGGAGACUGGCGAUUCUGAGGAAGAAGCGUUGUGCAACUAUCUGUCCUAUUUCUCAGUUAAAAAUGGGACAAGAAUUAUAAUGCAAUCAUUUAAGAUCUAGUGGAAAGCUAUUUUCCAAAGUCAAAACACGCAACGCAAUUCCUCUCUUCCCCUCGCUCUGCCUGCUCAUUUUCCACUGUGCAAGGGUGGUCUGUACACUUCUCAUUUAAUGUAUUUUCCUCUUACAAAAUGUCUCUGCUCUUGAUGGUUAAUGUGCAAUUAUAUUACUAUUAUUACAAUAGAUAUGAAUUAUUUUUAUUCAUGUUUGUCUCAAUUCUGUGAUGAAAGCAGACGGUUGGUUCUGCAGUGUAGCAAAGAGAUGCGUACCCAUGGCCAACACAAUAACCCAUUUCUUGGUUUGUUAUUAGUCUUUUCAACUUUACAUUUGUUCCAAACUAAUUGUUUAUCCUUAUUGGAUUGAGGGGAUGUUUUGGAGAUAUUGCCAUAGUUUGUCUUGUUACAGUCCCUGUCAGUGUUGGUGUAGGUAGUUGGUGAGGGUGAUGGACAGUUGUUCAUUGUAGCUCUCUUAACAUUUUUGCAUUAGUACUGUAAGGUCAAGAACAAAUCAAGACACUGCAAGACGGUAUCACACAACUAUAGUUUUUUUUAAAAGCACUUUUAUUUAUUUAUUUAUAUAUAUAUAUAUAUAUAUAUAUAUAUAUAUAUAUAUAUAUAUAUAUAUAUAUAUAUAUGUAUAAACAACGUAGCUCAGUGGCAGAGAUGAAGGCCAAAGUUGGUCUGAGUCUUUCCUUUCCGCUGUAUGGCGUCUGAUAGAAAGGAUCCUUCUUGGGUCCCUCUGUAGUUAGAUCAGCUGAUCUCCAUUCCUACAGUCACUACAUAGCCCCAGAGCGUUCUUGUGUAGGUGGAGUAGUGCAGAGCUACACAGGGUCCUAACAGAGACCAUGGCCCCAGACCUGAAGGAGAUCACAAUUCACUUCAGUAUCUUAGAUAAUUCUGAAAUCGCUACAACUAUUUAAAAACACGUUUUAACUUUAAUAUACACAGGGGUGGCCAAAGUAAUGUUUUGUAGAGUGACGCACAGCCGUAUGACUGUCAGUUGUUAUAUUGAUGUGCUCUGGCAUAGAUCAAAUGAAGGAAUCUCCAUUUCAAGGAAACCUCAAACAUCCCUAAAACUGCAUUGGUCAGCAGCACUCUGAACUGGAAUAUUGCAACAAAAAAGUCCCCAAAAGUGACCUGCACUGGGUUUUGAAUUGCUGUUAAACAUACUCUACUAUGCUACAGAAGAUGUAGACUACGGAUCAAAUGUCAUCAGUGGUCUGUGUAUGAUCUUGUGCAUGUGAAAAGUAGGUUUGUCUUUCAAUUAUUUAUUUGGUGAGCUUUAUGACCUAAAAUAAAGAUGCUGAUGCAUGGUACAAUUUGCAGAGCAGAACAAUGUGGGUACUGCAAACUAGAUUUUUACCUUAUUGAAUUCUUUUUUUCUUUUUUUACACUUUUUGUAAACUUUGCAUCACAGUACUAUGAUUGUUGAGCCCUUUGUUCAGUUGCUGGGUUCGCUGCUAUAUCCUACCUGUUGUGCUGCACCCUGAAUAUUUCAGCGGCAGCGAGGUUGACGACUCUCAAUGGGCUCGACCGUUUUAAAUGACAGGAGAGGGAAAUUAAGAAAGAAGGAAGUGCAUAUCAAUAGAUGCAAAAGAAGCGCUUUUUAGUGCAGGUGCCUUUAGGCCAAACUGGACUGGUGCUUGAGUGAAUAGGCUAGUCUACUCUGGGUUGAGUGUGGGCCUCAUUCGAGCAGACUGCCACACUGCCUCCUCUGGAACAGUGUUCUGUGGCCCAUAUAGAACUCCCUGUGCCAUCACCGCUGGACACAUGGACACUGUUACUCUACUUGGAGUACUACAGUCCUCAUUGGCACCUUGUCAACACCUCCAUGACAUUGUUAUGGCUCCAAAUGCAGGAGCCAAAGCGUUUUGUGUUCCUGUCUGUCUGAAGCUUCUGACCACCUGGCCAAGGAACUAAACGAUAGAGCCACUGACACAGUUGGAUGUUACAGUUGUUCAAUAUUUACCACGUAAAUGAAUGGACAAUAUAAUUUAAAAAAAUGUCAAACAUAAUUGAAAAAAGCUUAAAAAAAAAUGUUUUUGGGAAAUGUGAAGACUUAUUUUUUCUAUAAAGAUGUUCUAUCAAGUGA